AUGGCGGCAUCUACCUCCCCGUCUCCGUCUCCCUCUACGCAGGCCAAGGCGGUGGUGAAGCGCGGCCCGUCUCAGUCGAACUCGAACUCGAACGCCGUGUCCCUGAUGCCGCCGCCACCGUUCAAGCGCAUCAAGAGACCGGCCAAAGUGCUCGACGAAGACGAAUACACCAGCGCGCUCUCCGACAUCAUCGCCCGAGACUACUUCCCAGGCCUGCUGGAGAGCCAGGCGCAGCAUGAAUACCUGGCGGCACUGGAGUCGGGCGACGAGUCAUGGAUCGCCGAGGCGGCGCAGAAGCUGAGAAACGCAGGGGCGCCGGCGGCACACAUGAGGAGGUCUAAUAACAAGGGGAGCAAUAACCAUACCGCUAGAAAUACGAGAUUUGAUAAUUACGGAAAUGGCAAUGGCAACACGAGGUUCGACAACUACGGCAAUGGCAACGGCAAUGGCACGCCCUCGGCGACGCCGCGAUGGGGCACCACUACGCCCACAAGUGGAGGGGGAGGGGUGCGUGGUGGUGUUGCAGACACGCCGGUGGGAUCUUACGCGGGCAGCGACACGCCAGCAACUAGGAAUGUGCACGACAUUGGACGGGGACACGGCGACGCAGGCGAAGAUGUCGAUGGCGGUGGCGGUCUCGACACGGCGGGCCUUUCGCUGGGCGCGUUCCAGGCCAAAUAUACUUCCGAAGACAACGAGUCGUUCAAUACGCUUCUUGACAAACAGAACUUGAAACGCCGCCAGAAGCACGCUUACUUGUGGACGCAGGACCAGCGCGUCCCGUCGGCGCGGCUGAUUGCCUACAGGGAGCGCGAGGCACAGCUGUUGCUCCAACAGGGUGAACAAGGACAGGUGGAGGAGGAGGUUACUGCUUCUGGUGGCGGUGGUGGUGGUGGUGGUGUUGCCGGUUCUAGCUCUGGCUUGACCUUGACUUCGACAUCGGCCACCAACCCCAACGAAAAGGCCGUCGUGCCAUCCAUGACCACGGGCGCGACGGACGCCCGGCCUGCGCGGCCGGACGCGUGGCUCAUCAGACGGCCCGACAACAGUUUCAUGUUCCCGGCGACCUCGGUCGACGAGGACACUCCGGCCCUACAGACCGUGCACGAGGUCAAGGAGCAGUUGUCGAAAGCUGGGCCGAAGCACGUCGUGCAUGCCAACACGCGGUUCCCGCCCGUCCGGUAUUUCGAUGAGCCAGGCCCGAUCCCGCCGUCACCGUCGCUGAACACGGAGAUCAUUGCGCGCCGCGACGCCGCUGCUAAAGGCAGGCCCGCCGCGUCGGAAUCAUCCGAGUUUGGGUUUGAUGUUGAUGCUGGAAGCGAAACCCCCCGCGUCAACGGCUACGCCUUUGUCGACGAGGACGAGCCGGAGACGGUGCACCAGCCACAGACCCAGCUGGGCCCGAGCUACCGCGACCUGCUGGCCGGACAAGUCGGCGCCGAUGCGACGCCCAACCCGUUCAAGAUCGGCGAGAUCCGCCGGCGCGAGGAGCUGCAUCUGCGCAUGGUGGACAGCCAGGCCAGACGGAAGCGUCAAAGUGAGAAGGAGAGAGAGUCCGCUUCUGGCUCUGGCUCUCGAAUUGGCGGCAUGACUCCUGUCGCCGCUGCCGCUGGAAACAUGACCCCCGCCGCCAGGAGGCUGAUGGAGAAACUGGGCGCGCGCACACCCAGUUCGGCUUCCAGCUCUGGCGGUCGAGGUGGAGGUGGAGCAGCUGCUUCCAGGGACAUGUGGACGCCUGUCCGGACGCCGAGGAGGAAGAAGUAG